AUCGUUCCCGCUUCAUUUUCCGUCAUUCGCUCUGAUAGCUUCAGUCACAUGAGCAUCAUAUCAACUCCAUAAACCAGUCGAUCCGCCCCAUCUCAGGAACGGUUUCAGUUUCUACGGGACCAACGACCAAAAAGUUCCAGUCCAGUCCAGUCACUUCUUGUGCUAUCAAGUUCUGCACACACUUAGGGUUCUAUUAGGAAUCAUGUGCGACUACAUUCAGAGAGAAUAUGCCUGCCGGCACAUGCGCUGGAUAGCGUCCCACUGGUGUCGUGAGUACACCAUCACUCACAAGAGGUGUAAACCGAACGUAGCUCACUUUGAGCAAAAGGAUAUCGACUGCGGGGAAUGCAAGAGCAGGCAAAGGGGAGCAGUCCCAUGGGAACAUAUGAUUCGACGCGACAAGAGCCAGGUGUAUUAAACAAGGGGAGAACAACAUCAACCGCCAAAAGAACGACACCACGACGACAACCUUCAAAAACGGAAUGACUUUAUGACAACUCUGCGACCUUCAUCCGGCUCUUCUUUACUAUAACAACAUUUUACAAGACAACAA